AUGUCCAAUACUCGCUGGCUCUUCAGCAUCAUCCCCGCCUUCAUCGUCGGCGUCUUUGGCCUUGGGGCUUAUGCCGUCGCGGGUCGUCUUUGUGUGGAAUUCAUCUUGCGCUACCAAGGCAAAACGGGUCUUGCUGCCGGCCUCUUGGUGCUGUUCUUCCCGCUGUACAUCCUCGCGCUCGUCUGCUACGCCCGGCUCUUCGUCACCGUCCAGCUUGACCCCGGCCUUGUCCCCCUUACGAAUGGCCGCGACGACAAAGCUCCUGAACCGGGCGAGAAGCGUCGCGGUUUCCGGUCGAGGCGCCAUACGGAUCCCGAGGCUCCGCCCUGGGUUCCGCCCGACUUGAAUCCGGACAGCCCUGGCUUGGAGGCGUUUUACAGCAAGGAUGUAUUUACGUGCGAGGCGGACGGUCGGCCUAAGUGGUGCUCACAAUGCCGGCAGUGGAAGCCCGACAGAGCACAUCAUUCUCGCGAAAUGGGUCGGUGUGUCAGGAAGAUGGACCAUAUGUGUCCUUGGGUAGGCGGCAUGGUGUCAGAAACCUUCGAUGGUUGGGUUAUUGCCAUCAUGGUGAUAUCCUUGUUCUUCGGCCUCUUCGCGCUCGGCAUGACCCUCACAGGCGGGCGCUUCCUCCUCACCAACAUCACCAACAUUGACAUGCUGCGAAGAAGGCAGACAUUCAACUUGGCCGUUCGGAUUCCGCCAGGAACACCCGCGUCAACAAAAUACCAAACCAUUACCUACCCAAUACUGCCAAAAGUACUAGGUGCAACCAGGUCCGGUCAGCUGGACGACGACGCUGCGGCCUCGACGUCGGCCCGUGACCAAGACGCAUUCCGCACCUUUGCCAUUUUAAAAACCGAACCGUACGAAAAUCCGUGGGACCUCGGGUUCUGGGAAAAUUGGAAAUCCGUCAUGGGUAACGAGCCCUGGGAGUGGUUCUUACCCAUUAGACAAUCCCCUUGUUGUAACCAUGAUAGCAUGCACAGCGACUACCGCCUCGGGCCCGUUCUCGAUGAUCUCAAGAAGCGUUACGAAUUGCCAAAGUUCCCUGACCGGAGCGUGUCACCUGUCCAUGUGUAA